AUGUCGCUAAAAAGGAAGAGGACCGUUCUCACCCUUUCCACGAAGUAUGAAAUCGUCAAACUUCUGGAUCAAAAAGUAUCUCAGUCGGAAAUAGGACGCCGAUAUGGAAUUGCACAAUCCAGCAUUUCAACAAUCUCCAAGAACCGCACAAAGAUCAAGGAAAAUUAUGAAUCUUGCGGAAAUCCAGAGAGGAAACGACAGCGAUCUGGAAAUAAAGCCCACCUGGACAGCGCACUCAAGGAAUGGUUUCAGACAGCUAGACAACGAGACAUCCCUAUCAGCGGACCUAUUCUACAGGAAAAAGCAGCCCAAUUCGCCAAACAGAUGAAUGUGACGGAUUUCAACGCGAGUAAAGGCUGGUUGUCAAGGUUCAAGGCCAGGGAGAACAUCGGGUUCAAGAAAUUGCACGGAGAGAAAAAAGAUGCCGAUACAGAUGCUGCCAACCGCUGGAUCACGGAGGUUCUUCCGGAGAUGAUUCGAGAUUAUAAAGCCGAAGAUAUCUACAACGCCGACAAGACCGGGAUCUACUACCGCGCCAUUCCAGACAGCACCCAUACAUUCAAGAACGAGAUUGCAAGUGGUUCAAAGAAGUGCAAAGAUCGUGUGACAGCUCUAGUGUGUGCCAACAUGAGUGGGGAUGACAAAAGAAAACUGCUUAUCAUCGGGAAAAGUAAAGAUCCAAGAUGCUUCAGGGGAAAAAGUCUUCCUGUAAUGUAUAGAGCCAACAAGAAUUCUUGGAUGACCGGAGAAAUAUUCAGUGAAUGGAUUCGUGAGUUUGAGGAAUUCAUCAACCACGACAACACCCUUCAGUGUCACCAUGUGCCUACAGACGAAGAAAUUUGUGCAGAAUUCAUGGAAAACAGGGGAGCGGAAGAAGAAGAAUGUGAAGAAAGUGUAGAGGAAGAUGAAGAAUACGAGUUUGAGUUACCGCUUACCGGCAAUGAAAUACGGAGUAUGUUGAAGGCAUUCAGAAGAUUCUAUGAGGAAAACAACGAGGAAGAUUUUCAGCUGAUCUACAACUUGGAAGAUAAGUGUGAAGAAAUCCUAAACAGGGCCAAGAAACAGAGGAAGAUCACGGAAUUCAUUGACUGGAUCCCUUGA